UGGAUGCGUCGCUGCUCGCCGUCAUCUCUCUUCGUCGUCUGGCCGCGUGGAAGAUCCUCUGGACGACUCCUAUCGCCGUCAUCGUCACACCAGCGCGGGUGAAGAAAGGAGCGAUUAUGCCAUUUCCCGAUUGCACCAACUCCUUGAACGACUCGAACAGCUCGGCAUCGAGCCACCACGAGCAGCACAGGGUGCACUCCGCCGUGUUCCUUGUGAUCGUCGUCGCCGGCCUCCCGGGAAACUUCGUGGCCCUCUUCGUUUUCCUCUUGGGCAAGAAGAGACGCAACGCCGCGCGGUGCUACUGCAUCAACUUAGCGGCCGCCGACCUCCUCUACGCCUUCAUGCUGCCCUUCCGAAUAGCAUUCGACUUCUACGAUUUGAAUUUGCUCCCGAGCAAAUCGUCGUUGUGCCAGCUCUGCUUCUACAUCUUCUUCGUGGCGAUGUACAGCAGCGUGCUGUUUCUGACGACGAUAAACAUCAACUGGUACUUGGCGAUCCUGCAGCCCACGCGACAAUGGAAGAGGGCCAACGUCAGGCAGGCCAAUGUGGUCAGCGUCGUCAUUUGGUCCUUCACGGCACUCUCCAGCGCCUUGGUGUUUUUAGAAGACGUUGCCAUGCCGGAUGACAACGGGGGGUGCUUUGAUCUCCAUUUAUUGUUUGAGUUUUACGGUCUGUCCACUGUCGUUGGUUUCAUCAUUCCCCUGGGCGUCAUCGUGUUCUGCUCCGUGUCUAUUCUCCAUCGCAUGAAGGUGCGGCCACGGAAUACCGGCAGUCAGUUGAGGCUGGAAUUGAUGAAGAAGAUCAAGGCCAUCACCACUUCGGUCCUCACUUUAUUCAUCGUCUGCUUCCUACCGCACCACGUGAUUCGAUUGUAUUAUCUGCACAUCUACAUCAAUGCGAGAGAAGACGCCGCUGCAGCCUGCGAGUUGGCGAUCCGUUUAGAGCCGUACUCUCUGGCAAUAUCCUGUCUCACCGUAUCUCACGGGCUCUUUAACCCCGUGGUGUACUUCUACCACAGCAGGCGAUUCCGCCGUUUCUUGCGCAGCAAGCUGCCACACGUUGGCAAGUCUGUUUCGCGCAAGCCGAGCGUUUCCAUCGAAUGGACGGACUUGACGUCCCACAAUUCACAAUACGCCGGAGGUCCGCGCGUGACCAUCGAAUGCGCCAUCGCCGGACCCGCAGAGGCGCGACACGCGGUGCUGAUAUCGCAAGAGGAGCACGUGGAAGACGACACGGAGUUGCGUGAAUAA